AUGUCGCUACCCGCUGCGCCUUUGAGAUUUGCAAGCCCCAAUGAACGGCGCACAAUCACUCGCGAAGACCUUGGCCUCUACAACGCACUCGUCAUAGCAGCAGUCUACGAGUUUUCGAGCAAGGAGGUGGACGUCACUUCGCAUGAGAUCUUCACUGCGCCUCUGAAAUUCUGCAUCCAGCAGUACCCCUUCCUAGGCGUCGCGGUCAAAGACAAGCAUACCGAAAGGCCGUUCUACGAAGUAGUUUCGACGAUAGAUCUCGAAAAUCAUAUCAAUAUCAUCCAGCCCAACGAUCUCGGCACUGAGGGAGAAAACGACAUCUUUCAAAAGGUGCUGCCACCAAUCCUCGACCGGCCAUGGCCUGCUGAUCUUCCACCGUGGCGAAUUGUCGUUCUCCCUCUGGCGUCAAAGGGCUCCGCCAUAUCUCGUUGCUUUGUAUCUUUUGCAUUCUCCCAUGCUCUCGGUGAUGGUAUGGUUGGAGUUUUGUUUCAUCGCACCUUCCUAGAGGCAUGGCAGCAGAGCACUACAAUCCGUGAGAGAGAGUCUUUUCUGGCAAUCCCACCAACCCGAACACUUCCGGCACCUUUUGACACCCCCGAGCGACUCCCCAUAUCUUGGAGGUUCCUCCUUGGCCCGUUGAUUGCAGUAUACCUACCAAAGGUCUUAAACGACAUCCUUGGGCUGCACGCGAGCGCCAGCCCCAUUGACGCCGGUACUUGGACCGGUUCCCCCAUCUUCUUCAAGUCGGAGGCCACGGUAACCAGCAGAGUGCGACUCCUCGAGAUUGAUCCGCCGCUUCUCCAAAACGCGCUGCGGGCGUCGAGAAGUCAUGACACCAAACUCACCGCGACACUGCACCAGCUGAUCAUACGGGCUUUAGGCAAAGUAGUUCCCAGCCAGGACGUUACCAAUUUCGUCUCUGGGACUCCGGUCGAUAUGCGCGGGUCGAUUGGCGCGCUGGGCAGCGCAUGGGGUCUUUAUGUUUCCGGCUAUUACGAGAUGCACCCGCGUCAAGACGCAAUGCAGGCGACAUUCUCAGACGAGAUGUGGACCGCUGCAAGCUCAAUGACCAAAAGUCUCGCUGAAUGCGCCAUGAGGCUGCAGGACCAAGCCAUCGGUCUCUUGCGAUAUGUGCCUAGCAUUCGCGAUUGGAUGACCGGAAAACUGGGGGAUCGACGGGAUUCCUCGUACGAAUUGAGCAACUUGCUUGCCUUCGACGGGGCUAGCGGUGCAAACGACAGGUGCAGGAUCAGCAAGAUGGUCUUUCUUCAACCUGGGAAUGCACUCAGUGCUCCGCUUGUGUUUAACCUGAUUAGUGUUAAGGGCGGGAGCUUGGUUAUCGCGGUCAGUUGGCAAAUCGGGGCCUUGGGCGUACCGGUUGAGGAGGAGGAGAGAUUUGUGGAUGAGAUUUGCUCAUCACUUAGAGCGGAUGUUGAGGCCUUGGAUGGUUGA